AUACAGCUGGCCCAGUGCAAGGUGACAGUCAGCUAGAGUGAGCUGGAGGGGGAGUAAUUAGGGAGGUCUGCUGGGAAGGCAUCCACCUUAUUAGUGCUGCUUCCAUUGCUUAGGGGGAACAGAGCUAGUGACUGAAGUGUUGAGAUGGCAGUCAACAGGAGCCCGACCACGAUGGAUGGAAACCACCCUGAGCAGGAAAAUGUACUCCAGAGGGUCUUUCAGUUGCCUGUGGUGAGUGGCACCUGUGAGUGUUUCCAAAAGACCUACACCAGCACCAAAGAAGCCCACCCCCUUGUGGCCUCUGUGUGUAAUGCUUACGAGAAAGGUGUACAAGGAGCUAGCAACCUGGCUGCGUGGAGCAUGGAGCCUGUGGUCCGACGGCUAUCAACACAGUUCACGGCUGCCAAUGAGCUAGCCUGCCGGGGAUUAGACCACCUGGAAGAAAAAAUUCCUGCUCUUCAAUACCCUCCAGAAAAGAUUGCCUCUGAGCUAAAGGAUACCAUCUCCACCAGGAUCCGAAGUGCCAGAAACAGCAUCAGUGUCCCCAUUGCCAGCACUUCAGAUAAGGUCCUGGGGGCAGCUUUGGCUGGCUGCGAGCUUGCCUUGGGCGUGGCACGGGACACAGCUGACUAUGCCUCUAGCACCCGGGUGGGUCAGCUGGCAGCUGGAGGGGCGGACUUGGCCUUAAGCAAUGUUGAGAAGGUGGUGAACUAUUUGAUGCCAGCACCCAAGGAAAAUCCAGCCCCAGUCCUGGAGCACCUUAGUCCUCCCCAAGUCCAGCAGAAGCUGCCAAAGCCAAAGCCCAACUUUCUUCAAAGAAUUGGAACUUUAACCAACACCAUCUCCCAGCACACCCUUGAGACCACAGUGCAGACUCUCCGCUGGGGCCAUGCAGUAGCCAAGUGGAUCCCCGGUGUGGCUCCACUGAGCACUAUGGCCCAGUGGGGUGUGUCAGCUGCCAUGCAGGUGGUGUCGAGACCCCGAUCCACAUCAAGGGGAACUUGGCAGUACAACCAGGCUCAGGAAGAGGAGGAUGAAGAGGUGGAGGAGGAAGAGGAAGAGGAGGAAGAAGAAGAACUAGAAGUGAGGAAGGAAGAGAGCAAACUGAAUGAGACCGUGCCCAAUAACCAGAGCCUCUUGGGCAGUGUGGUUCACACUUUGCAGUCUGCCUACUUAACCACUGUCUCCACUGUAAAGUGGGCACCCCUUGCCAUCUGGAACAACACUGCUGGAAGACUGUUUCACCCCAGUUCUGGUCAGGAGACCUUUGCCAAAAGCAGGGCAAUGUCAUUAUCAGAUGCCCUGAAAGGAGUUACAGAUAAUGUGGUGGACACUGUGGUGCACUAUGUGCCGCUCCCCAGGUUAUCACUGAUGGAGCCAGAGAGUGAGUUUCGGGAUAUAGAUAACCCUCCAUCGGAGACUGAUCGAAGUGAAGGUGCCACUUCACCCACCCCUGAGGCCCCAAGCAAACUACAGCACCGGGGAAGCCUGAGGAACACCCGCAACUCCAACGCUCUCUCCUUCCUGGGCCUAGAAGACAAACUCUUUACACAGCAGAUGCCCCAGCACCGCAGCUCCCUCCAUCGUAGCCCCACCUUUGAGCCUGAGACAUCUGCCACCAGCCGCUCCAUGUUUUCUUCCUACCACCGGGAGAAGCCCACCCGGCGUGUCAGUGACAGCUUCUACCGGCCCAGCGUCAUGGAGCCCAUCUACAACCGGGUCCAUUACAGCCAGCUUUACAAGAAGAACUGACCUGGGCCAAGGUCCCUGCAGGACCAGUCCUUCCUCGGUGCCUUCGGUUGGUCCCCCUGGUCAGUGCUCAUGCCCUGCUACCAUUGCCACUCCCAGCUUAUUCCUGCUGCCUCCACAGAGAAGAGCAAAACCUAGAUCCUAAGAGAACUCGAUCCAGUGACCGUGUCUGCCUACAACCUACAUACUCGCUCAUUGCUCUGACAGAAUCCUAGAUAUCCCAGUAGAUGGAUCCCCCCUCUCCCUGCCUGCUUGCCAGAAAGGUACCACCAGCAUUGAGACUAACCUGAGGGCAAAAACUGAGGGCUUUUGGUGGUUGGAGCCACCAAAAGCAAAGAGUGAGAUGAGGCCUGCAAACUCAUCGCAUGGAGGAGCUCGCAGGGAAACUGAAUCAGGUCUAAAUAUAAUGAGAUUUGAGGACUCAUCCAUUUAAAUUGGAGCUGUGUCCUUCAAAGUAGUCCUCUUGGAAGCUGAUGCAGUCUUGCAAUGGUGCAACCCUUGCUCAAACAUGUUUAGAGAUUUUCUCUGGCAAUAGCCUCUAGGGCCUGUUUGCAGCCACACAAGAAAGCCAGCUUUCCUCUCUGUAGUCAUACCUCCCAAAUAGGAAGCUAGAUGAUCCUUUGGAAAUCAUCUAGUCCAACUGCCUUGUCUUAUGGUUGAGUAAAUGAAGGCCCAGGGAGGUUGUUACUAACCCAAGGUCACAUAGGAUGGAGACCCAGGUCAUUUGACCCCAAAUCCACCUCCCUCUUACUUUUUUUGUUUUGUUUGUUGUUGGUGGGUCAAUGAGGGUUAAGUGACUUGCCCAAGGUCACACAGCUAGUAAGUGUCAAGUGUCUGAGGCCAGAUUUGAACUCAGGUCCUCCUGAAUCCAAGGCCGGCGCUUUAUCCACUGCGCCACCUAGCUGCCCCCUCCCUCUUACUUUUGAACCAAGAUUGUAUUUCUCAGAUGAAUGACCUAUCAGACUUAGCUCCAAAUGACUUUUGGCUAUUUCCAAAAAUCUAACGCAUCCUCCAAGGAGGAAAGGUUUGUAACCAAUGAGGUUAUUCAAAAGGAUGUGUUGCAAGCCGUGAAGAGAAUUCCCACAGAAUUGUCCCCAAAGUGUUCUGAGCAGUGGUUGUAUGUGCUGGAAUAAAUGUGUGGGUUUUCUAAGGGACUUCUUUGAGGGAGACUAUUCAUUUAGGCAUAUAAAAUGUAGGACAUUGGUUUAAAAAAAAACAGUCCCAUGAUUUGAUAAUCUCACCUUAGCUAGUAACCCUUCCUUCCAUUGCAUGUGGGUUGGAGGCUGUUUAUAGACACAUUUCUUUGUCUAUUAAAAUAACACCUACCUUCUCUAGUUUUCCAUUUGCAUUUUGAUUUCAGGGUUAUCCAAGGGCAGAGUGAUGAAAGAGGUGACUACUCUGGGUUUCUUUCCACCCUGGGCUUCUAUUAUGCACAACCACAGGGAAUCCCAAACCAUUUUCUUUAUUGUUCCCUUAGCUACAUCAAUAGAAUUUGAGCUAAUACCCAUAGCACCUUCUCCCUAAGCUUCUUCAGGAUCCCUUUAUGUUAACCCUUACUGAUGAUGCCUCUUGCCUGCAUGUAUAUACAUACUUUGCUAAAUAUAAAAGCUCCACGCCCAUGCAACCCAUGAGAAUUCCCUGGUAGGAGGAAGCAGAAUCUUUGUUUCAGAAGUGUUCCUGCAAAUUGACUCAGUUACCUGGUGGAGAUCUUAGGUGUGAUCACUUUGUGGGCCUCAGAGAUGUCCAGUCUGUACCCAGUGAUCUGGCCUAAUUCCUAUUGAAUUACUUCUAUGCAGUGUGCAGAGACAGAGAAACGAUAUGUACCUGGUCUGUGCAGACAAGAGGCAGGGACAAGGACAGAUCAGGAAGUGUGUGGUCAGAGCCUGUUUUGAGAGUCCUCAGUCUGAUCCUAAGAAAGAUGGGCAUCAUUUCCCAUUGCUUAGCAGGGGAGAGUGUUGACUAAUCCAAAUAUGGAGAGGGUGGCCUGGGCCAAGGACAACAGAAGAAAGAGAGAAAAUGGGGAGUGAGAGAAGAGGAGGGCAGGAAGAGGUGAAGGUUAGGACUCAUGGGCUUCCCUGAGACCCUUUAGAAUAAGUGAGGAAAGUCUUUGGGGAUGCUCUCAAACCACAGCUGUCCUCCUACCUCUCUCCUUGUCCUUUGCAAGAGAGGCCCAGACAAGGUGGAAAGGCGGAUCUAGUCUAGGAUGUCAGGAAAGGUGAAGAGAUUCUUAGCUUUUCCUCUGAGGGAAUAGGACAAACAACAUCCAAGAAGACAGAUAUGUGUAUCAUACCCUGGGUCUCUUUCCCACAAAGGUCCUGAGCAUGUGUUUCUCCAUGUUGUACAGUCAUGUCACAGUUCAUGGAAAGAAAUGCAACCGACAAACAUCCCUUUGUUCCAGGGAAUCCCUUAAAACUACUCUUCCGUCUUCAAGCCACACUCUGCCAUUCCAUCUCUGUGGGAAGACUUCAGGCUCCUCCUCUCAACCCCCUUUACCAUCCUCCUGGGGUCAAUGCCAGAGACUGUUCCAAGCAGUAGGAUCUACCUACCUAUAACUACUCCUAUGCCUCAACUAUUAUAGAUGUACAAUAAACACAACAUAAUAAGCAACUGUACAAUGAAUACUAUAUAAAUACAAUAAAUGUACUGUUGGCUUGA